AUGAAACGAGCAAUACAAGAGGAAACGAGUGAUUCACCCACAAACAAUAAGUUAGCCAAAUACUCUUCUCACGACGAGGAUGUUAAUAAUCGGAUAGGAAGGGAAAAAUUGCUUCUUUCUAAUGAUGUGAUCGGGUUGAUUUAUUCUUUUCUUCCAUUUGAUGAAAUUCAAAAACAUUGUUUGCAAUUGGUGAGUCAUCAGUGGUAUGAAAGUUUGUUGUUGGGUGAUUUUCGAUUUGCAUUAAUUAAUAGAGUGGAGAAUUAUUUGGUUCAGGAAUUUAAUUUAAUUUCCAAUUCGAAUGAAAUUUCAAGCAAGAAGGAAAAGGAAAGAAAUAUGAUUGGAUUAUUAGUUAGUGUCAAACAUUGGCUUUUUGCUCGGCAAUAUGUAAUUUCCGGGUUUGGAAAGAAUAAGAGAAAAAAAUCAUUUAGUGAGUGGUUGACUAGAUUAUUAUCUGAAAACAUAAGUUCAACCACCUAUCCCAAGAUUAGAAUUACAAAGAUGGAGAAAUUGUUUAGAGAAGGGGAAGAGUUGGUAGUGUUAAUGAUCUAUUUGAAUGAGCAAGCUACUUUGAAAAUGAGUGCUCUCUACUCAAUCAAUGAAGAUAUAAUUAUUUAUGUAGAUGUGGUGAAAGGUCAUAGUGAUUUUAAAUGGAAAGAAAGGUUGAACAUUGAUCCAAAUGUUAAAAGGAAUAUAGUGUUACAAGUGAAUGCCAAAGGAUUUGAAGAUGCUGAUUGUGAAAUUGAGGAAUAUCAAAUCAAUGACAAGUUUUAUGAUUCUUUAUAUGAAGAACUGAAAACUCCCAAACAAAAGCACAAACUAUCACCAUUCAAUUCAUUUCUAUGGAGCGAAUAUGAGGAUGAAAGAGAAAAGGAAAACCCAAAACCAAUUGUAGAUGUUGAAUUUAAUAGGGAUAUCGAAAUUCAUGAUGAGAGAUCUAACUAUUUAAUUGACUUGUAUGAUUUGGAAAAUAUUAAGGAAACUAGAGUAUUGGAUUUGGCUUGGAAAGUAGCAUGUCGUGCAUUCACAUCCAUUAAGAGCCAACAAAUCCAGAAGAAGGAUUCUGAGAUAUCAGUAUCGAACGUAAUUGGAAGAAUUCUCACUAUUAAUUUCAAACGAAAGCCCAGACUUUGUGUCGACUUGACUUUUGACAUUACUUACAAGAAAUCUAGUGCCAAGGCAAAGCUAUUUGUUCAGCAACAAUUCUACUAUGGUCAUGAUGGAUAUGAAAGUGAUGCAUUAUUCCGCAUUAAUACCCAAGAUCCCAUAUUCGACUAUUUAAAAUUAUGGAGAAUCUAUGUAGGAGAAGAUCAAAUAUCUUGGGAAUCAAUGAACUACAGAUGUCAGUCAAAGGAAGAAAAAGACUCCGUCUCUCAAUGUAGACCUCUAUUAAGAUCUAUACUCAGACAAUUAUUGGAUAUUGCACCACAUUACAAUGUAUUAGACAAACAAUUAAUCAGUGAUCCACGAGACUUACUCCUAUUUCAUUUGUGA